AUGAUCACCCCUUCAGUGCAGGUCAACGUCAUCAACGAGCAGACUCUUGACACUCAGACGAAGGAGUACUACACCUUCGGGGAGUCAACAUGGGAUCUCUUUAUCUUCAUUGGCACGGGCGACACUCAGCUUGGACUGGUCAUGGUGACCUUGGGUGACCUCAGGAUGAUGGUGGUUUCAGGGGUGGCAGUUUCAAGUUUCAACCUCAUCCCCGAGCAAGCCAACCAGGGAAUCUUCGUGGGGAUUGCUCUUUUCAAUUUCACCGAUCCGGACAUCACCCCGGACACCAUCGAAGACACUCUUCGGUGGCGGCGCUCUUCAGGACAUUCCCUUUCGCAGUAUGAUGAUGUUUCCAAGUCCUCCUUGGUGGCACGAGUUUGUCAGCUGGACAAGUCUUUGCCCGUAUCCGGCAUCCAAAUGAACAUGUACGAGAACAUCCGUCAGGCGCCCCGCGACCAUUGGACCAUGCUCUGCCAAGGAAAGUACAUCAAGCCCGAAGCGGAGGGUGUGGAGCGGUUCUUCACCGGGCAAGUGUUGCUGGUACUUGAUGGUGGCAAAGGAGGCGCGGGCACCAGGGUGAUCAACGCAUCAGGUACUUUCACUGCUUCAAUUGCCACGUAUUGUGUCGCUGGUGCUGUCAAGGCCCUUGCUAUAGGCAGGCUCACUGCUGUGUCACGGCGUCGAAAGGUGAUCAGCUCACUCCUCUUAUUUUACCGCCUGGUUGCCGCUGGCUUGCUGAUCUAUGUCGGGACCUUCUUCUUGGUGUACACUGUAAACGUCACCGAGCUCAUCCUGAACGCAGUUGCGCUGGGCAUCAUCUUGGACAUUGACGAUCUGCUGUUCGAUGCUCUGGCCACAACGCCUGGACGACAUUUGGUACACCAACUCGACGCACUGCCCAUGCCGUCCUUCCCUCGCUUUCGAGGCGCCGAUGCCAAAUCCACGACCAUGAGCCUCUUGAGCCCUGGCACACAUAGGAUUUAUUUCACGAUGUUAGCGCCCAUCGUGCAGACCUUGACCGACGUCUCAAGCGCCAUGUGCGGCGGUGCGCAGCAGUUCGUCUGGACCCUUGACAAGCGCAGAGUGGUGCUCAUGUCGCCAACAGACGGUGGUGGUUGGGACAACCUUUCCGACUCCAUCCAGUACUUGGCUGUGGAUGAAGCAGAAUCACUGCCAAGUGUCGAUGGCUUCCUCAAGUUGCAGCACAUCAACGCCACGCAGUACGGCUUCUGGGUCUCUGAUGUGAGCCUUGUCAGAGAAACAGCAUGCAUUUUGCCGGAGGCAUCAUUAAAGAGCAGGUUGACGGAGUCCUCGGUUCUAUCUGUGGAUGAGACCGUGGAUGCUUACAACCCAGACUGUGGGGACAUCGGAAACCAGGAGCCGAUCCUCAACUACUUGAGGAAUGCUCUGGGAAACCAGAGCAUUCGAGGCUGCGCGGAUGCGAAGCCCUACUGCGACUCGAUCACCAAGAUGCCCGAGUGGGGAGUCGAUGGCGGCAUGGGGUUCACCGUUCGCAUGUUUUGCUCGGAAACCUGCGGCUGCAAGGAUCCCGGAGGCGAGAACCUGCACAUCGAGGGCUGCCCAUACGGCCUUGGUCGCCCAUGCUGGAAACAAACGGCAUUCGAGGAUGCUUUCACCAACGCGGUGUGUGUGGAGAAGAGCGCGGAGCAACUACGGAACUUCACGCCAUGGGUCAGCUGGGUGAACUCCAUCCAGGCUUUCAGCCAGUCGGAGGGCAACUUGCAAGGGAAGCCUGAGGCGGCAAUGCUGGCACAGGCUAUGUGGGAUCAUGGGUGUGGCUUCGCUGCUAAUCUGUCAGCAGAGAACGUCAGCUGGGGGACGUGUGAUCAGUGGAACACCACCUUCGACUGGAAGUGGAAGACGGUCUCCUUCUACUGCCCCACAUCCUGCAUCUUGGCACUGGCAGUUUUCAAAAACAUGUCCAAGCUGCCGCAGCUGCAGCUGCCAUUGCCUGCGUAUUUUAAUGUUCCUUAUAUUAUUUCUUGUAGUAGACUAUAG